GAUCAAAAUGCUGACCGGCUCAUCAAUUUGAUUUGAAGAAGACGAAAGAGGAAGCUCCUUGAUUUCAAAAAAUCUUGUCUUAAUUCCUAGAGAGGGUGAUCUGAUCUGUUGUCAUAUUCUGCUUGUUCAUGGCUUCGUCCGACAAUCUAACCGACAAGAACAUUGUAUUCAGAAAACUAAAAUCAAAAUCUGAGAACAAGGUAUGCUUCGAUUGCAGUGCGAAGAAUCCAACAUGGGCAUCAGUCACGUACGGUGUCUUCCUCUGCAUAGAUUGCUCAGCUACUCAUCGCAGUCUCGGUGUUCACAUCAGCUUCGUCAGAUCUACGAAUUUGGAUUCGUGGAGCCCUGAGCAGCUCAGGACUAUGAUGUUUGGUGGCAACAACCGCGCACAGGUCUUCUUUAAGCAGCAUGGUUGGACCGACGGUGGCAAAAUCGAGGCUAAGUACACUUCACGCGCUGCUGAUUUGUAUAGACAGAUUCUUGCUAAAGAAGUUGCUAAAGCCAUUUCACUACAAGAUACUACUACUAACGCUGCUCUACCUGAAUCUCCCGUUGCUGCUGCGGAAGCAACUAACGGGGUCUCUUCUUUUUCUGUCAAGGAAGACUUACCUCCUAAAGAAACCUCUUCGCCUAAAGCUUCUAAUACAGUUGUGCCUAGUACGUUUAAGAAACCCAUUGGUGGUAAAAGAACGGGUAAAACUGGUGGUCUUGGUGCAAGGAAACUUACUACUAAGCCAACGGCAAAUCUUUAUGACCAGAAACCUGAAGAAGUUGCACCGGUUAUUCCUCCUGCUGCUUCUUCUGUAACUAAUAACGGUGGAAGCAAAUCAACAGCUGGUUCAUCAUCAUAUGCCUCUCGGUUUGAGUACAACGACGACUUCCAAACCGGAGGACAAAGCGUUGGUGGUGGUGGUACACAAGUGCUUAGCCAUGUUGCUCCACCAAACUCGUCCAGCUUCUUUUCUGAUUUUGGAAUGGACAGUUCUUACCCCAAAAAACCAAGCUCCAACUCUUCAAAAGCUCAAGUAAAGGUUGAAGAGUCAGAUGAAGCAAGAAAGAAGUUUACAAACGCAAAGUCCAUCUCUUCUGCUCAGUACUUUGGUGAUCAGAACAAGAACGCUGAUCUCGAAUCAAAAGCUACUCUUCAGAAGUUUUCAGGCUCAGCCUCUAUAUCAAGCGCUGAUUUUUUCGGUCACGGGGAAGAUGAUUCCAAUGUUGAUAUAACUGCUAGUGAUCUCAUUAACCGGCUUUCUUUCCAGGCGCAACAAGAUAUCUCGUCUGUAAUGAACAUAGCAGGCGAAACAAAGAAGAAGCUUGGAACUUUGGCUUCUGGCAUCUUCAGUGACCUUCAGGAUAGAAUGCUGUAAGAAGAAAACGAGGUCUCUCAUGGUUUUAAUAUUUUUACAGAGAAGAAGAAAGAAGUGUCCGGGAAACUUCCAAUGAAGUAGACACGUUUCUCUGUUGUUGUCAUCAGCUUAUAUGGAUACUAUUGGAUAUGUCAUAAAUAUUACUUUUAUCAAUCUUUUGUUUGUUUGCAGAAAAAAAUAUUUUAAUUGUUAUGAUAAAGAUACAACCCUGUUUUGAAUGUUUGAUCCUCAAAAUAAUUGUAAGAUUAUAUGGUUUUGCAAGAGA